AUGCUCCUAGCUAAACAUGCUAGGAACAAUAUCGCUGACCCCUCUCGUGUCCUGUAUUUAGAAUAUGAAGUGCCCCCAUCAGUGCCAAUCCUGCCCAGUUACCUCGACACCAUUGACCAGUUAGCCACCAACGUGACCCCCCCUUCACCUCCUCAGAGUCCGAUCAGCAGACCUCCCCCAAUCAAUCAGACCUCCUCUGGUCAAAACUGCUCCUCACCCACAUCACAGGAGCAGAUGGACGUCAGAGUCGGGGUGGUUUUGGCCUCCAAGGGAGCCGUACAGCUCAUCGUUAACCCCUUCAUGGGGCCGCUGGCUGACAGGAUAGGAUACCACAUCCCCAUGUGUGCUGGUUUCUCCGUCAUGUUUCUGGCGACUCUAUUGUUUGCCUUUGCAACAAGCUUCUAUGUUGUGUUACUGGCAAAAAUACUGCAAGGAGUGGGCGCCUCCUGCUUCUCUGUGUCUGGAAUGGGGAUGUUGGCCAGCAUUUACCAAGACGAUGAGGAGAGAGCGAGCACCAUGCGGAUCAGUUUCAUUGGUUUGGCUCUGGGAAUACUGGUGGGCGCUCCAUUCGGCAGUGCAACAUACGAGUUCUUAGGGAUAACGGCCGUCUUCCUACCCCUAGCUUUCCUAGCUUUGCUGAGUGGAGUUUUGCAUUUCCUCAUUUUUUCGCCGACAACACCACCACCACCAAAGGUACGUCAUCUGAAGUUCGGCCUGCCCCUGACUUUUAUGUAG